CUAAUGAGCUAACAUUAUAAGGUGAGAAGAAUGUUACUUGUGUGUGGAGUAGACCUGUGCCUGGCGCGCUAGUCUCUUCAAGCGUUAACAGCGGCAUGUAAGGAGCUCUCCAGGGUGCUGAAGUUGACAGACACAACGGGGCUCCUGCAUCUGCCUCACUCUAUCAUAGAGACCAGAAAGAUAAUGAGGUGUUGUGUCUUCAACUGGGCAACGGUAUGACAUUUCACAUGAGUGAAAAUAUAGAGAAUACUGGAAUGGUGAGGUGAGGAUUAUUGCAAAAAAAAACAGGAGCUUUAAAAAGCUCUCCUCGGACUUCUCAGCUUUCAAGAAGGCCAAGAAAAGCAAUGGUGUCUUUGGUUUGGUUUAUAAUGCUUUGAUGUAGGAUCAGAUCACAGUUCACCAAUACGGAUACUUAAGCAGGAUAAUGCAACAUAUUCCUCUAAAUGUUGGAGGUGUGCUAUGGGACUUAUCCAACUAUCCCUACAGCCCCAUCUUCAAGAGCAGACACAGCCUUGCAACGCUGCCAUUCUAUAACUUUCUGCUAUGGGUCCUGCUCGGGGUUUUGACGUUUCCAUGCUGUGUCCAGUGUUUAAUCUUCAAAGUUGGGGUCCUUGGGCCCUGGAACUGCGACCCGGUCUACUCCAAAGCCCUACCUGCGGUGGCCGCUAAACUGGCUGUGGGCAGAAUAAACGAGGAUUUCAGUUUAGAUUUGGGCAGCAAAUUGGACUUCGUGAUCCUGCAAGAAGCCUGUGAAACAUCUAAAGCAUUGACAACAUUUGUGUACUACGAGAAGAUGGUGGACGGUUUCGUCGGCCCCACGAAUCCAGGAUACUGUGACGCAGCCUCACUUUUGGGCAAAAACUGGGAUAAAGCUAUCUUUUCCUGGGCAUGUAUUAACUAUGAGUUGGAUCGAAUCAAGGGCUACCCAACCUUCGCACGGACACUGCCGUCACCUACACGGGUGUUGUUCACCGUGUUGAAGCAUUUCAGUUGGGCCAACAUCGGCAUCGUGUCUUCCAAUGAGGAUAUCUGGAUGGACACCGCCGGUAAAGUGGCCAACUCCCUGCGGAGCCAGGGACUUCCGGUUGGCAUAGUAGCGUCGGUGGGAAUGAACGAGACGGAGAUGGAAAGCACACUGAGCAGAAUCCAGGCUGCAGGAGAGAUCAAAGUGAUCAUCAUGUGCAUGCACUCUGCUCUGAUUGGUGGGGAGCAGCAGACAGCCUUCCUGCUGAAGGCCCAUGAGAUGGGUCUGACGAAGGGCCGCUACGUGUUUGUCCCCUACGACACCCUGCUCUACAGCCUGCCCUACGCCAACACAUCCUACUUCCCCCUGCAAAACAACACCAAGCUGCGGCAGGCCUAUGACGCCGUGCUCACCAUCACCGUGUCCUCUGAUCUGAUGUCAUUCAACGAGGCGUUCAACAUGGCCAAGAGGUUUGAGGAACUCACCAUGUCACUGGUCCCACAGCAGGUCAACCCCCUGUUUGGAACCAUCUACAACGGUAUUUACCUCCUUGCCAAAGCCAUGCACAAUGCCAGGAGAGCUGGCCAGUGGCUCUCCGGGACCAACCUAGCUUAUUUCACCAGGAACAUGACGUUCUCUGGCUUCAACCAGAAGAUCCAGAUAGACACUGAAGGGGAGAGCCAGACCAACUAUGUCAUCCUGGACUCCGACGGAUGGGAGGGUCAGCUGUACCGCUCCUAUCUGGUGGACCUGAGCGCUGACAUGGUCCGCUUCGCGGGCAAAUCCAUUAACUUCCCCGGGGGUUCCCCUCCCCCUUCAGACUCCAGCUGUUGGUUUGAACCAAACACAAUCUGCACUGGAGGUGUGGAGAUAACCUACGUCAUAGUGGUGUUUGUGAUCAUCUUCGUUCUGAUCGUGGGAGGACUUGGUCUAAGUCUGUUCGUAAGGAGGAGAAUCCAGCAGAUCCAGUUGGUGAAGGGGCCCAAUCGGAUCCUACUGACUCUAGAGGACCUCACGUUCAUCAACCCUCAGCUUAGCAAGAGGAAAAUCACUCUAGAGGACCUGAGUGAAUCUAAAAGUGCAAUAGAUAACAACAGUAUGCAUUCAGGAGGCCCGCACCACUCUAUGAACAGCAUCACUACAGCAACACAUGAGACCACAAAUGUAGCUGUCUAUGAGGGCGACUGGGUGUGGCUGAAAAAGUUUGAAGAAGGCCAUUUCAAGGAAGUCAAGCAGAGCACCACCAAGAUCUUUACAAAGAUGAAGGAUCUGCGAAAUGAGAACAUCAAUCCAUUCCUGGGGUUUUUCACAGACUGUGACAUGUUUGCCGUGGUGACGGAGCAUUGUUCCCGUGGCAGCCUGCAGGACCUCCUGAGGAACGACGACGUCAAGCUGGACUGGAUGUUCAAGUCUUCUCUGUUGCUGGACCUAAUCAAGGGUAUGAAGUAUCUGCACCAUCGAGAGUUCCCUCACGGCCGGCUGAAGUCACGGAACUGUGUGGUGGACGGACGCUUCGUCCUCAAGAUCACAGACUACGGCUUUAACGAGCUGCUGGAAUCCCAGAAAUCCCCCCAAAAUCUAGUUCCACCUGAAGAUCAGUUUUGGACAGCUCCAGAGUUCCUCCGAGAUGUGGAGAACUCUCGGAAGGGGACCUAUAAAGGAGAUGUGUAUAGUUUUGCCAUUAUACUCCAAGAGGUGGUUGUCCGAGGACUUCCAUAUUGCAUGCUGGGUCUGACUCCUGCGGAGAUCAUCCGUAAGGUGAAGAAGCCUCCUCCCAUGUGCAGGCCCACUGUGGCCCCAGAUCAGGCUCCUCUGGAGUGUAUCCAGCUGAUGAAACAGUGCUGGAGCGAACAGCCUGACCGCAGACCAGCCUUCGAUGAGAUCUUUGACCAGUUCAAGCUGAUCAACAAGGGCAAGAAGACCAACAUCAUUGACUCCAUGUUGCGGAUGCUGGAGCAGUACUCGUCUAACCUGGAGGACCUGAUCAGAGAGAGGACAGAGGAGUUGGAAGUGGAGAAACAGAGGACAGAGAAACUGCUCUCUGAGAUGCUACCUCCUUCUGUGGCAGAGGCUCUGAAGACGGGUGCGACGGUGGAGCCAGAGUACUUUGAUCAGGUCACAAUCUACUUCAGUGACAUAGUAGGCUUCACCACCAUCUCCUCCCUCAGUGAUCCCAUCGAGGUGGUGGACCUGCUCAAUGAUCUGUACACGCUGUUCGACGCUGUGCUCAGCAACCACGACGUAUACAAGGUGGAGACCAUUGGUGAUGCCUACAUGGUGGCAUCAGGUCUCCCCAAGAGGAAUGGCAACAAACACGCAGCGGAGAUAGCCAACAUGUCCCUGAACAUCCUGAGCUCUGUGGGCACCUUCCAGAUGCGCCACAUGCCGGGCGUGCCCGUCAGGAUACGAAUAGGGAUACACUCAGGGUCAUGUGUUGCUGGGGUGGUGGGUCUGACCAUGCCUCGGUACUGCCUUUUUGGAGACACAGUCAACACUGCCUCUCGUAUGGAAUCCACUGGGCUGCCUUAUAGAAUUCAUGUGAACAUGAGCACUGUGAAGAUCCUGCGCUCCCUCAACGAGGGCUACAAGAUAGACGUCAGGGGCAUGACAGAGCUGAAGGGUAAAGGCAUUGAAGAGACAUACUGGCUGGUUGGGAAAGAAAACUUCACAAAGCCUUUACCGAACCCUCCAGAAAUUAAACCAGGGGAUGACAAUCAUGGACUGAACCCAGAGGAUAUAGCUGCGUACAAGAGAAAAAAAGCAGAGAAAAAAGCUUGAUUCUCUGAGUCAAAAUCGAGGAGGGACAACUGGCAAGAGAUGGUGACAGAUGAGAUCAAGACGAUAUUUCGCAAGGCCAACCGGGAGGUGGACAAGCCUAAAAUCUG